UUUACGUUUAAAUGCAAAGUAAGUUUUACCAGUUUUACUACUGGUUUAGACAAACAAAUUGGUUAUUUACACAUUUUUUGGUAUGCCUCAAGUCCAUAGAUAAUGCCUGGAGAAGUUCAAAUGGAAGAUGAAGCUGAGACUUUGACAUUCCAGGCCAAGAUUGCUCAGCUUAUGAGCUUGAUUAUCAACACCUUCUAUAGUUGAUCUCCAACUGCUCAGAUGCCCUAGACAAGAUCCAUUAUGAAUCCCUGACUGACCCAAGCAAGUUGGACAGCGGCAAGGAUCUUAAAAUCAAGAUUGUCCCCAACAAGAAUGACUCACUCUCAUGGAUACUGGUAUCGGCAUGAUCAAGGCUGAUUUGGUUAACAACUUGGGUACUAUUGCCAAGUCUGGAACUAAAGCUUUCGUGGAAGCCCUCUCUGCCGGAGCUGACAUCUCCAUGAUUGGUCAGUUUGGUGUGGGUUCCUACUCUGCUUACCUGGUUGCCGACAAGGUGACAGUUCAUUCCUAGCACAAUGAUGAUGAGCAGUAUGUUUGGGAAUCUUCAGCUGGUGGUUCUUUCACCAUCAAGCCUGAUCACAGAGAACCCAUGGGUAGAGGAACCAAGAUUGUCCUCCACUUGUAGUAUCCAGCUCCAGGCUGGAUGAUUCGACUACAACGACGUUGAGUAGUGUCAACUCGACGCUGGAGGACUUGGUGAGACAACAACAACAACCCAAAUCGUUAACUACGGCAACUGAUUCGGACAUGGAGUCCAAGUUGUCCGCCAAGGUUCUGGUAAUGCUGCCCGUCUUCCGCUUCCUGCAGUUGCUGUGUGAGAAUCACAAUCGAGACCUGCAGAACUUUUUGCGGGCCCAGUCCAACAAAAACAGUUACAAUUUAGUGUCAGAGACACUCAUGUUCCUCGACUGCAUUUGCGGAUCGACGACGGGCGAACUGGGUCUGCUCGGCCUCUACAUUAAUGAGCACAACGUCACCCUCAUCAACCAAACCCUGGAAACAUUGACGGAAUAUUGCCAAGGACCUUGUCACGAAAACCAAAACUGCAUCGCCACUCACGAGUCGAAUGGACUGGACAUCAUCACGGCUCUUCUUCUUACCGACAUCAAUCCAUUAGGAAAACGGAGAAUGGAUCUUGUUUUGGAGUUGAAAAACAACGCCUCCAAGUUGUUGCUGGCCGUCAUGGAGAGUCGUGGCGACAGCGAGAACGCGGAAAGGAUCCUGUACAACAUGAAUCCUCACCAAUUAGUGGACGUUGCCUGCUAAGCCUAUCAGAAAAGUUUGGUCGGUGGAGAAGAGGCGACUAGUCCCAAAGAAGUCGGCCACAACAUUUACAUUUUGUGCCACCAGUUGGCGCAGCACAACAAAGAAUUGGCCGCCCUGAUGAAACCGCCGCCAGUGGACGGAGUCAGUGGUGAUGCGGCCCUGCAGUACUACGCCAAUCACACGGCGCAAAUCGAAAUUGUCCGUCACGACCGGACGAUGGAGCAGAUUGUCUUCCCCAUUCCGGAAAUGUGCGAGUAUUUGACCAACGACACGAAAGUGCGCGUCUUCCACACGGCGGAGCGCGACGACCAGGGAUCGAAAGUGGCCGCCUUCUUCGAAGGAGUCGACGACAUGUUUGACGAGAUGAAAUGGCAGAAGAAAUUGCGCGGACAGCCGUUUCUCUUUUGGGUCAGCUCGCACAUGUCCAUCUGGAGUCAAAUCCUCUUCAAUUUGGCCGUCAUUAUCAACUUGAUUGUCGCCUUCUUUUACCCGUUUGACACUGACGGACCGGCUCCUGAUCCUCGCACUCACCUCUCAGGUCUCAUCUGGGCCGUCAUGCUCCUAUCCACCGCUGUGGCCAUCACGUUACCCAAACCGUCGGUUAUUAGGACUCUCGUCAUGACAGUCAUCCUCCGGCUUAUUUGCUCAGCCGGCCCUCAACCCACACUGAUGCUCCUUGGCACCGCCACGGUAGUGUUGAAGGGCGUCCAUCUGCUGAGCAUCAUGGCCAACGCCGGGACAUUCCAGCGGAGCGUCAGACAAAUCUGCACGGACACGGAGAUUGUCUACCACGUCGUUCACCUCAUCUUUUGCUUCCUCGGACUCAGCACCACCCAUUCGUUCUUCUUCUCCGUCCUUUUGUUUGACGUCGUCUACCGCGAGGAGACGCUGCUCAACGUCAUCCGCUCAGUGACGCGAAACGGCAGGUCCAUCGUUCUCGCUGCCGUUUUGGCUCUCAUCCUAGUCUUCAUGUUCUCCAUCAUCGGAAACGGACAAGAAAGUCGAGAUGGUCGUCAUUUUCAAGUCUCCCUGCUGUAUCGUCACCUCCCAGUACGGCUGGACCGUCAACAUGGAGCGUAUCAUGAAGUGAAGGCUCAGGCUUUGAGGGAUACCUCCACCAUGGAUUACAUGGCCGCCAAGAAGCACUUGGAAAUCAACUCCGACCAUCCCAUCGUCGAAGCCCUGCGCGUCAAAGCAGAGGCUGACAAGAACGACAAAGCCGUCAAGGAUUUGGUCAUGUUGCUGUUUGAAACCUCUCUGCUGUCAUCUGGUUUCUCCCUGGAAGAGCCAGACGUCCAUGCUUCUCGCAUCUACCACAUGAUGAAAUUGGGUUUGGGUAUCGGUGAAGAUGAUGUCCCUGCUGGUGGUGAGGAAGCCAAAGCCGAAGAAGAGAUGCCGCCAUUGGAGAAUGAUGAAAAUGCUUCUCGCUGGAGAAAGGCGAUUAAACGUGUCAAAUACUGUUAUGAAACACAAACUCAGUUUCUCUAAAUUGUUCUUAUUUCAGCGUUUUUGCGAACUGGAAUGAGGGCAUUCAUAUGAUAAAACUAGUCUUAUUGUCUUAAAAUCAUGGCUUCACUUCAUUGCGUUGCUCCCUCAUUCCUGGCAUUGUAUAACUACGUGUUAAGAGUUGGAAUUUAAUACAACCAAUCGCGGUUUGCUAUAUAAAAA